AUGCGCGACUCGUCCGUCUCCACUGCCGCCGCCUUUUGCUCGGGCCUGGCGGGCGGCGCCGCCCUCUUGGCCGCCUUCCAGCACCUCGCCCGCCGCCGCGCGCUCGACUCCUCGUACCCGGUCCGCUCCAAGGUCAAGCCCGGGGAGCUGCGGGCCCAGCUGCCCGCCGACUGCCCCGAGGACCCGCAGAGCUACGCCGACAUCUUCCGCGACGUGGAGCAGCUCAUCUUCCCGGCGCUCACGCACUGGGCGUCGCCCAACUUCCACGCGUACUUCAAGAUCUGCGGCAGCGACCCCAGUGUGCUGGCCGACUACCUGUGCUCGUCGCUCGACGUCGUGGGCUUCUCGUGGGUCGCGGCCCCGGCGGCCACGGAGCUCGAGCAGGUGGUCUGCGACUGGAUGACCAAGCUGCUCGGCCUGCCCGAGUGCUUCCUCACGAGCUCUCCCGGGGGCGGCGUCAUCCAAGGCUCGGCCAGCGAGUCGGCGCUGUGCGCGCUCAUUGCGGCGCGCAACGCGGCUCUGGAGGGGCUGGAAGGUGCCGCCCGAGAGGAGAAGGCGGCCAAGCUCGUCGUGUACGUGUCGGACCAAACGCACGCCAUCGCCGAGAAGGGCUGCAUGGUGCUGGACAUUCCGCACCUGCGCGUGGUGCCCGUGAUUCGAGGCAAGGCCGACACGGACAACUACGGACUGGCGCCUGACGACGUCGCGCGUGCCAUGGAGGAAGAUCGCGCUCAGGGCUUGGUGCCGUUCUGCUUGAUGCCCACGCUGGGCACCACGUCCACGACAGCCAUCGACCCCUUGCGAGAGCUGAUCGCUGUCGCGCGCAACCAGCCUGAGCACGUGUGGGUCCACCUGGACGGAGCCUACGGAGGAGCGGCCGCGGUGUGCCCCGAAUACCAGCACUGGCUGGACGGCGCGGAAGGCUGCGACUCCAUCUGCGUCAACACGCACAAGUGGCUGCUCGUGAGCUUCGACGCGAGUUUGCUCUGGGUCAAGGACCGCCGGCCUCUUGUCCAGGCACUCGCUCUCGACCCGGAGUACCUCAAGAACGACUUCAUGCAGUUGGCUCCCAACUACAAGGACUGGCAGGUGCCGCUCGGUCGCCGCUUCCGAGCGCUUAAGCUCUGGUUCACGUUCCGUCGCUUCGGAGCUUCUGGUCUCCGCAAACACAUUCGUCAGUCGGUUGCGCUCGCCCAGCAGGCCGAGGAGCUUUUGACGAAGGACAGCCGCUUCAAGCUGUUCGUGAAGGCGCGCAUGGGUCUCGUGUGCUUCUACGUGGCUUUCGGAGGCCGUGAACUCAACGAGGCGCUGCUGCGUCGCGUGAACGAGUCGGGCAAGGCGUUCCUCAUCCACUCCGUUGUGGACGGGGUGCACUUCUUGCGUCUGGCCGUUGGCGGACUUGAGGUGGACGGUUGGCACAUUGAGAAUGUGGUGGGUUUGCUCUCCAACGCGCUCACCGAGGUGAUCGACGAAAACCCAAAGUGGCAGGAGCUGCAGCGCGAGAGCUUUGCGUCUGCAGCGUAG